UGACAGAUUCUGAAUUUUUUCAUAACUGUCAGUGGAAAUCCAAUGGGAAACAGCUCAAAUUUUGACAGCCUCAGGAAAAUGGAUGGCUUCCUCUUCUGAGUGGUGAUUGCUCUUAACUUUUGAAGAAAUUAUCUCAAAGUAUAGAUUUGGAGAGAGUUACAAUAUGCAGUACAGCCUUAAUCUAUUGAAAAUAAGUCAGUCAUUCUAUGAAUUAAACACUUCAGCAUUAAGAAGGUUGCUGUGAAGGGCAGAGUAUAGAAUAUAAUUUGGUUGCUACUUUUGCUAGCUUGGUGGCUCUUGAGAAAUCUUUAGUGAACUUACCAGUUUCAUGUUUGUAGGGAGUAUGCAUCUAUCCAGGAUAAGCAUCCCUCACUGAAAAACUAGAAUCCUUUUCAAGGUUAAGCAUAAUGUAAAACAAGUAAUGUUGCUUCAAAAUGAAUUUCUGUGCAGUCUGUAUGAAUUAACAGUUGAACAAUAAGCAGCUCUGGAAGUGUGUCAUAAGCAAGGUCUUGUAUUAGCCAUAGACCGAGCAGACUUACUGCUGACUGUACCGUUUACUUCACAUGGUGAAGUAGUCUGGGAGAAAGCACUGUCGUUGGUCCACUCCAGAUAACUGUCAUUGUGGUAUUACAUAAACUAGCAGAAUGCUGUGGGAUGCAAAGGGGACGUACAGUGCUUUGGUGAUUUGGGGGGACUUUGGCAUGCCCUUGUAGGAGUCCAGAAGGCAGGAUCUUAUAGUUUAGUAUUAAGCUGUGUAAAAACAUUACCACAUGAAUGAAACCAGGCCUCCUGAGGCCAAAGAGCUCAUACAGAGGAAAGACACAUACCUUGAGUAGACUUCUUUUUCAGCAAAGAUAUCCGGAAGAAGAGUGUUAAGGCAAAGCAAAAGACUCUUCAGACUGUGCUCAAGUCUGUCUUCAUAGGCAUUUCUUGCUUGUAUAACGUGGAAAGAACCACUGCUUGCUCAGUGUGGCUUUUUAUUUUGCCAUACUGGACCACGUGAGUAGCCAGUGAGAUAAUUUAUUCUUGAGUCAAAAUAAGAGGGCAUUAAGUUUAGUAGAACUGAAGUUGGCACUGGCAAGACCAAGUGCCAUAUGGGAUCCCUUGGAGAGCAUCACUGGUUUGAAAGCACGUGGAUUCUAUUUGGAAAAACAUAAGUAUGUGAGUUGCCUUCUUUGGGGCAUGCAACUUAUAAUGAGCUCUUGCAGAGGAUUUGAAAGCCCACGGCAUGUUUCUGUUAUAUACUAUAUACAUAUGCUAUACUAAGAUGUUAUGCAUGGGUCAGGGUCCUUGGUAAGGCUCACUUGUCAUUUCCAACGUAGUUUAUAUUUGUUUCUCUUUGCACAAGGAUUUGGUGAUUUAUCUUAUGGGCAAUGAAAGCAGAGAUGUCCUAAUGAAGAGUUUUCUCCUAAAUUUAAAUGAGAAAUAUAUAAAAUCCUAAAUUAUAUUAAUAUUCAUGGUUUAGAAACCUUAACAUGGAAUUAUAGUACUUUUGAAUUAAUAGGUAUAAGGAACAUGGCUGCACUGCAGCCAGGCAGGAUAGGCUGAGGUAAACAUCCUGGGUGACUCAGAGAGUUUGUAGCAUAGGCGCACAACUCCAAAUAUAAUAUAAACACAGCUAUGUAGCCAUAACAUGGGAAGGCCGUAACUUGGCUCUACGCCACUAUUGUCUGUAAAAGGUGUAAUUGCCCUGGUGGCACUGUACAGGCACACUUGCACCCAAAGAAAGAGAGAGCCAGAUCUGUUCAUCUUGCAGCGGGGAGCCAGGACACAGCUCAGCUUGCUUGUGCCCAGAGGGAAAGAGUUAAGCUGCUGAUCCCAAAGGGAGAGCCAGCAGAGCAGCUGUGCAUGGAGUGGCUGGAGCAGACAGUUGAGACAGAGACAAACUGUGCUAGAGAGCUGCUGAAUAAAACUGUGUUUCACCUACCUAUGGCUCCCUGAGUGUUCUUUCAGCUAUCUGCAUUCAUCCACCCACUCCCAAUGGAUGUCUGCCUAGGCUGGAAUCUGAUCCUGGACCUAACUGUAGGGACCUUAGGGACCUAAGAGAUCAUCUAAUUGAAGUCAUUGCAGAUGAGGAGACUGAAUCCCCAAUGGCUAAAUGACUUGUCUAAGACCACACAUCUAGUUAGAUGCUGAGCCAAGAAAGAACCUAAUUCUUAUUUCUAGAUGUACAGCCCUUACUCAGUGGCAUGUGCUGUAGUUCACAGAUUCUGUUCACUUGUUGCCGAGGUCUGCCACUUCCAAGAGUUUGCCAGUUUUGGUAUAAGUGUACGUUGCCAAAUGAGAAAUAGCUUGGAUUUAUAACUGAAGAGACAUUAUCUAUUGUGGCUGCGACUGAAGCACCAACUUUUAACCAAUAUUACUACUGCUUAUUUCAUCUCCUAUCCUUAUCUCAAAUAAUUCUGUCUUCCUGUAACAUGAUGGGGGCUCCUGGGAGCCUGCAAAAAGGACUCACUUACUCUGACGUCUUGGCCAGUUCUCUGCUUCUUCCUCCUUGUUCUCAGAUGGCAGACUGACAUCCUCACAGUAAGACUGGGCUGCUUUCCACCUGCACAGCCCCAUGGUGAUCUGCAACUCUUUCACCAUCUGUAAUGCAGAGAUGCAGGAAGUUGGUGUUGGCCUAUAUCCUAGUAUCUCCUUGCUCAAUCACAGCUGUGACCCCAACUGUUCAGUUGUGUUUAAUGGGCCCCACCUCUUACUGCGAGCCGUCCGAGACAUCGAGGUGGGAGAGGAGCUCACCAUCUGCUACCUGGAUAUGCUGAUGACCAGUGAGGAGCGCCGGAAGCAGCUGAGGGACCAGUACUGCUUCGAAUGUGACUGUUUUCGCUGCCAAACCCAGGACAAGGAUGCCGAUAUGCUAACUGGUGAUGAGCAAGUAUGGAGGGAAGUUCAAGAAUCCCUGAAAAAAAUUGAAGAACUGAAGGCACAUUGGAAGUGGGAGCAGGUUCUGGCCAUGUGCCAGGCGGUCAUAAGCAGCAAUUCUGAACGGCUUCCCGAUAUCAACAUCUACCAGCUGAAGGUGCUCGACUGCGCCAUGGAUGCCUGCAUCAACCUCGGCCUGUUGGAGGAAGCCUUGUUCUACGGUACUCGGACCAUGGAGCCGUACAGGAUUUUUUUCCCAGGCAGCCAUCCCGUCAGAGGUGUUCAAGUAAUGAAAGUUGGCAAACUGCAGUUACAUCAAGGCAUGUUUCCCCAAGCGAUGAAGAACCUGAGACUGGCUUUUGAUAUUAUGAGAGUGACUCAUGGCAGAGAACACAGCCUGAUUGAAGAUUUGAUUCUGCUCUUAGAAGAAUGUGACGCCAACAUCAGAGCAUCCUAAGGGAACCCGUCAGAGGGAAAGAUGGCUUGUGUCUUUGUUGAAUGCCUUAUUGAGGUCGCACACUUUGUAUUUUGUUUGCUGUGUGAACCUCUUCUAUUGAAAAUUCUCUUCUGUGUUUGUGUAGGUAAAUAAAGGCAGACAUGAUUUGCAAACCACAAGAAUCAUUAGUUGUAGAGAAGCAUGAUUAUAAUAAAUUCAAAAAAUUUGGUUGAA